GCCUUUAAAACAGAUGAAAGCGGUUGUUGUGUAAUGUGGGUGAAAGAGGAGGAAGAGGAGGAAGAGGAGGAGGAGGAGCGGGCUGAAUGGACGACAGUUUCCUUUGACAGGUCGGAGAGGACUCACACAGGCUGCAGCGAUGGAGCUGAUCGUGCUGUCAGGAGGGAUUCUGGUCGUCCCCGUCCUCGCCUUCAUCACCUCCGUCCUGUUCUGGCCUGGGCAGCUCCUGAAGGCCUACAACUGGUACUGGCGUCGCAGGCUCGGCCUCGUGGUCCGUUACUCCAACUAUGGAAGUUACCGCUUCUGUUAUUCCAGCCGUGGGACGCCAGGGGGCGCUACGCCGACGCUGCUGAUGCUGCACGGCUUCUCCGCUACCAAGGACAUGUGGCUGCCUGUUGUCAAGUAUCUCCCCAGAAACCAGCAUGUGGUCUGUGUGGACAUGCCGGGACACGAGGGGACGAGUCGCACCGGGGCAGAAGACUACUGCAUUCAGGGCCAGGUCCGAAGAAUCCACCAGUUUGUGCAGAGUAUCGGUCUGGACAAAAGACCCUUCCAUGUGGUCGGGACAUCGAUGGGUGGGAACGUCGCGGGUGUGUACACUGCCCAUUACCCAGAUUACCUGUGCAGCGCCACCUUGAUUUGCCCAGCAGGUCUUGUUUAUCCCACGGACUCCGAGUUCAUCAGUCGUCUGAGGGAGUUGGAGAAGAACGACCAGCAGGAGGAGCCGAUCCCUCUGAUCCCGUCCACCAUUAAGGAGCUGGAGGACAUGUUGAGACUCUGCUGCUUCACCCCCAUCAACCUCCCCCGGCCGGCUAUGCGGGGUCUCCUUGACAACAGGAUUCCCAACAAUGGUUUCUACAAAGAAGUGUUCAUGGAGAUCGUCGGGGAGAAGUCUCGUCACUCGCUGCAGGAGAACCUGCAUCUAAUCACAGCACCUGUGCAGGUCAUCUGGGGGAAGGAGGACCAGGUGGUGGACGUGUCGGGGGCGACGGUGCUGCAGUCGACGCUGCCGAACUGCCAGGUGGAGCUGCUGGAGAACUGCGGUCACUCUGUGGCGCUGGAGCGGCCCAGGAAAGCCGCGAAUCUCAUCAUAGACUUCCUGUCUGCGCAGGAUGCCAGCGGUGAAAAAGCCAAGAAACAUUCCUAAAGAAAACAUUUUUUUAACCACGCGUUUACUGUUUUGUACUUAAUACGUCUGUGAUGCUGACCCCUGACCUCACGAUGGAUGAUGAAGGCGAGGAGAAUGAAGGUUAUGAUGAGGAUGUAAACACUGAAGGUGAUGAUACAAAAGUGUCGACGUCUGUGAGAAUCCAACGAAUGCACAAAAAUAUCGCAGACUGUCAGACAUUACUGAAGUUUUUACCUGUUUGGUUGCAGGUGGCUGUGGUCUCUUUUUUUAUGUUAAUGUUGGAUGAAAACAUUCUGUGUUGGGAUUUUGCACAUGUUGCCUCCAUGAGAAACUGUAUUUCAGUCUUUUGUUUCAUGUCAAGUCUCCUGCUCUGGACAGACUGCAUAUUAAACCUCAUAAAACCACAUUUCAGAAAAUCAAGAAAGACAAACGUUCAGUACUGUAAGUGAGAAAGAUGACAGAUUUAUUUCACUGUUUGUUAAACGAGAUUGUUCUAUAAUUUCAGAGAGUCUUUGGAUUAUAAAAAUAAAUCUCCUAAAGAAAAUAAUUUUUGUGAAAAUGUA